UUUAUAUCUGUCACGUCAACAGAACGAUUUUCGGAUUUUUCGGAAAAUUUUCAUUUUUCUCUGUAUUUUCGCUGAUAUCUACGGCAAAAGUCGAGUUGUAUUAUCAAAAAUUGAAUUCUCUGCGCAAAAUGGAUCUAAAAACGUUUGCUGAAGAUGAUUUUGAUCCUAAAAAAUGGAUUAACAAAGCGUGGAGCACCAGCGAUAGCCAUGAAAAAGAGGUAUUUGUGGCAAACUCAGUCACAAGACUACAGCUGUACAUGAAACAACUCACUAACUCCUUAGAUGAGACCACCACACAGAUAGUAACAUCAAUACCGCGUAUUCUGCAAGAUGCAUCAGCCCUGCAGGUGGAAGGUGCCCUGCUGCAGCAGAGGCUGCUGUCCCUGGAGAACAAGGUGCAGGGCGUGGAGGAGCAGACAGGGCACUCCAUUGAGAGUCUACAGAGGAUUGACCAGUUGAAGAGUCGGCUUGAGAAUGCAGCGUCGGCCCUUCGCGAGGCCGACAAGUGGGCGGCGCUGGCUAAUGCGUUAGAAGAUGUCCUCGAGAAAGGGGUGCCAACACAGGCGGACAAAUUGCACGAGUUAUCUGAGCAGGUGGCUGCCAUGACGGCUAGUUUAGAGGUGUUAAGCGACGCGCCGGACUAUGAGAACAAACGGCUGCAGCUGGAGACAUUAUACAACAGGCUGGAGGCAGCCAUCAGCCCACCGCUCAUCGAGGCACUCACUAAUAUGGAUGCUGCGGCGACGUCGCGCUACGUGCGGGUGUUCACGGGCAUGUCCCGCAGAGCGGCCGCGAGCCGCAGCUGGCGGCGCGCCGCGGCGGCGCGGCUGGCGGCCGCGUGGCGCGCGCUGCCGCACCACCAGCUGCGCGCGCUCACGCGCCUGCUGGCGCCGGACGCGCACACGCAGGUGACCUGGCUCACCAACGUUCUGAAGUCCGACACGCCUGUUUCCGAGCUGAUAAGACUGUAUACCGAUUUGUUGCUGUCUCUGGAGCCUUCGCCUACUAAGGUAGUCUCAGCAAACUUGAAGCUAUGCUCGUCCCCCGAAGAUGGAAUAGUUCUAUUGACGGACCUCAGGAGAGAUAUAGACGAGUUUAUUGCUUGUAUUACAGGAGUUAUGGAUGCGCCGAGGCCGAAUAAAGAGACAAUCUCCCCAGCAGUAUUGAAGGAGCUAGGCCGCGCCGCGUACGCUCCUCUCAGAGAGCUGCUACCCCAGUACACUGACCUACAGAGUCAGCUGUUACUUGCCAACCUGAAUGAUCCGCAGUUGAAACAGGAGGAUUUACUCGACCAGUCCAGAGCGCUGCUGACCACAGCGGAGCGGUGUGAAGGCUGGCUGAGUGCCGCGUACGCAAAGGCUAAGAAGAUCGCCGCUUACGCAGUGCACCCGUACUACGCGCCCGCCGUCGAGGCGUUCGUCACAGCGCUGUCAUCGCACAUAUCGACUCACAGCCGCCGCAUUGAGAGCGUAUUCCUGUCGUCCGUGUCGGGUGGGCAGGCCACCGGCGUGCUGUCCACCACCUUCCCCGCCUCGCUGCUGCUGGAGGCGGCGGCCGCCGUGCUGCUUACCACGCUGGCUAACAGGCAGGCGGCUGAACAGGAGGAAGAUCCAAAGGAAGAGUCGCCUCUAAUGGACUUACCCUCGCUCCUUCUGGAGCCCGAGGUGCGUCAGAAGCUAUCGGCGGCUAGGGCGGAGCCCCAGGCCUGCGUUGCGGGCCUCAGGCGGACUAAGGAGCAGCUGAGGAACCUCGCCAGAGCUAUAUUAAGACAUCCUGUUGAAGCUCAAUUAGACAAAAUACCACAACUGCCGGUUUGGUCUAACAAUGACGCCCUGUCUACGGACCUGCCAGACUUCGCUUUGUCACCUCAAGAGUAUAUCACGGAGAUCGGUCAGUAUCUAAUGACGUUGCCUCAACAUUUGGAAAUGCAUCUGUCGGACAAACAGGCGCCGUGGCAAUUCCUGUCGGAGGUAUGCACGCAUACAUGCGAAGUAUAUGCUGAGAAGAUAUUGAACAUAAGAAAUAUGGACCCUUUGGGAACUAAGCGAUGUCUUACUGAUAUUGUAUACCUGUCAAGCGUGGUGGAAGACCUGGGUGGCAAUGUGACUCCAGCUCUCAAGAGCCUGGAGAAAUCACUACGAGCUGCCACUCCCGCGCCGAGCGAGUGAACAUCUGUCGUGUGGGUUGAGAGGUGGAUUACCAACCUCAUCGACCCUGGUGUCAGGGUUACUAUUGACCCGCCAAAGGCCCCUGACAUGGCUCAUGUAACGACUACUUACUUAUAUCAGUAAGUGGUUAUCGGGACCAACAGGACGGUAUUACCCAGAGGGGGCGAGGUCGGCGUCCUGUACGAAAUGGUGCGGGGCAGAGAGAUACCGUUCUGUAGUCAUGAGCAAUAUCAUGUACCCACUUUAGAACCCUGUCGCACUAUCAUAUUUGACAUUUAAUGAGACUUACGGUUUAAUUUGUCAAAAAAGUUAAUGUGACAUGGUUUUAAGUGUAUACAUAUUAAUACUCGUGACCGUACGUAGUAUUAAUUAUUAUUUAUUCCCUGCUAGUGUGAAGGUGCUGUAAGUGCAAUAUAAAAAAAAGUUUGCCAGUAUGGGCAUCUAUGUAACAUUUAUGUGAAGUGUACAGGGUGUUAGUGACAUCGUAACGAAUACUGAGAGGGAUGAUUCAGACCAUGAUUCUGAGUUAAUAUCAAGUGGAUUUUUCGGUCGCUAAAUUCAUGUUCUUUUUACAUUAUUUUUAAUUCUGGAAAAUUCCGCUUCAUAUACUAACUCAGAAUAAUGAGUUGAAUCAUCCCCAUCAGUAUUCGUUACGAUAUGACUUACACCCCGUACAAGUCGUACAAGUAUGUAUGGGUAAUAGUGACACCGUAACGAAUACUGAGGGGGAUGAGUCAAUCCAUGUUUGAGUUGAUAUCAAGUGAAAUUUUCUAUCGGAAAAUUCAUGAAUAAACUCAGAAUCAUGGCCUGAAUCAGCACUCAGUUUUCGUUACGAUGUCACUAACACCCUGUAUAUAAUAAUAAAGGUGUAUAUUAAAAAAAUAAAAUAAGAUUA